GUGAAACGUUUCAAACUACGAAACGAGCCCCUAUCCCAAGAAUAUCAAACUAUGGGCCCCAACCAUCCUACUGCUCAGUCAUAACCCACUAAGGGAGUAUUAUCUAUCCACAGUUUUGUUCGUGACAAAAGUCAAUCUUCAAAAUUCUUUCAUAUUUAGUCCGAGUGUGUGCAUGUAUCAGCCCGAACUUGCUAAUUGAUUAGUGUCUGCCGCUAAGGUCAGAAGCAGUCUAGAUACAGAGCUUGAUCGAAUAAAACUAUCCAAAUGCCGCUGAAAGCUGUGUGUGUGCUGAACGGAGAAGUGAAGGGGACGAUAUUUUUCGAGCAGAGCGGUGAGUCAGAUCCGGUAAAGGUAACCGGCUCGGUAACUGGCCUGAAGCCGGGAGAUCAUGGAUUCCACAUUCAUGAGUUUGGAGACAACACCAAUGGUUGCAUGUCAACAGGCGCCCACUUCAAUCCGUACGCCAAAACUCAUGGAGGUCCGGACGCCGAAGAACGCCAUGCCGGUGACAUGGGAAAUAUUGUUGCAGAUGAAAAUGGUGAGGCAAAGGUAGACUUGACCGCUACGCAAAUUGCCCUAAGCGGAGCUUUGAACGUCGUGGGACGUUCGUUGGUGGUUCACGCUGAUCCGGACGAUUUGGGCGUAGGGGGACAUGAACUGAGCAAGACUACUGGCAAUGCUGGUGCUCGACUGGCCUGCGGUGUGAUUGGACUGUGCAAAAUUUAAUCCAUUCGCUAACAUUCAAUCUACAUUUCCCGCGUUAUCAAACAAAUAGAGACAAGACAACGCGCACCCUCUUGCAACAAUGGUGAACUAGGUAACAUGUUAGAUGCGGGGAAAUUAGAUGUAAAACUGUUGUAUGUUUCGUUACUAAUGGGGAAGGUCUGUCAUGUACACUGAUAAUAAUAUCAAUAAAUGUGUGAAAAGCCAAAA